AUGACCGAGGAAGAUACAAAUACCCCUAAGGGGGCUGAGACAACUACGGUUCAAUCCCCGACCUCCGCUUCGAGAUACAGUAAGCACAUAGUGUUGACAACAUAUCCCGGCCAAAGCGGUAUCGACCCUGUCCCUCUAGAAUGGGGCGCACCAGAUGCGAAAUCUCGCGGACCUGUCAUCGUUGCCCGCAGCGGAGCACAGCUCAAGCGUCGCAAUGCAAUCGGCGCUCACGGUGGCAGCUACAGUAUCUACAAUGCGCUGGCCAUUGCCGCUGGAGAUCUAGACCCAGAAUUCCGGCCAAACUUCCUGAAUACCGAACCUACCUUCAAUUUCCCCUGGCAACCGUCCUGGGCAGACAAGAAGAAGAUCGUGUCAAUGGACCCUUAUGGUCAUGAUGUUGUCAAGUACUUUCGGGACGAAGUCACCGCUGGUUGGGAUAUUCGGCCAACGAUGGCGGUCACUCGUGCCAAUAUGAAACUUGCAGAGAUUGGGGAGGCUAUUCGCGAUGGACACUUGGAAGUUGAUGGAUCAAUUGUGGUAGAUUCCACAGGCGAAGUGCGCGUCUCCAAGGUCGCAGUCGAGCCGGUUUGGUAUCUGCCCGGAGUAGCUGAGCGGUUUGGAGUGGACGAACCAACUCUUCGUCGGACCCUGUUCGAGCACACCGGUGGAAGCUACCCAGAGCUCAUUACGAGACCAGACCUCAAGAUCUUUCUUCCUCCUAUUGGCGGAUUGACGGUUUAUAUCUUUGGACCCCCGGAGCGGGUAUCUGAUGAGAACGUGAAGCUUGCUCUAAGAAUCCAUGACGAAUGCAAUGGUAGUGAUGUGUUCCAAUCAGAUAUUUGCACAUGUCGGCCGUACCUGGCAUUUGGAAUCCGUGAGGCUAUCCGAGAAGCACAGAACGGCGGCAGUGGUGUUGUCAUUUACUUCCGUAAAGAGGGACGAGCGUUGGGAGAAGUGACCAAAUAUUUGGUCUACAAUGCACGCAAACGUGGUGGUGAUACCGCCGACAAAUACUUCACCCGGACAGAGAAUAUUGCUGGAGUACGAGAUAUGCGCUUUCAAGCCCUCAUGCCAGACAUCCUGCAUUGGCUGGGGAUUAAAAAGAUCGACCGCAUGCUUUCAAUGUCUAACAUGAAGCACGAUGCUAUUGUCGAGUCAGGAAUCAAGAUCCAUGAGCGUAUACCCAUCCCCGAGGAUAUGAUUCCCGAUGACUCGAGAGUCGAGAUUGACGCAAAGAUCAAUGCCGGAUAUUUCACUACUGGCAAGUCAUAUACGAUGGAAGAACUGGCCCAGGUGCGCGGGCGAGGCUGGGAAAAGUGGGAGGACAUUACAGUACGUACAACAAUGGGAUCCCAGUCCGCCGCAGUCAAUUCGCAGCCCCAUAUCCCCAAAGCGGGAGUAUGGUGCCCUGCAGUGACAUAUUUCGAUCACGCAACAGACACGAUCGAUCUAGAGUCGCAGAAGAAAUACUACGCCUACCUAUCCAAGACCGGCCUCGCCGGCCUCGUCAUCCUCGGAACAAACUCCGAAGCCUUCCUGCUGACCCGAGAAGAGCGCGCGCAACUGAUUGCCGCAGCCCGCGAAGCUGUCGGCCCUGACUUCCCCUUGAUGGCAGGCGUAGGCGCUCACUCAACAAAGCAAGUUCUGGAAUUAGCAGCGGAUGCCGCAGCCGCAGGCGCAAACUACCUCCUUGUCCUCCCACCCGCAUACUUCGGCAAGGCAACGACCCCAAACGUUAUUAAGCGCUUCUUCGCCGAUGUUGCUAAGAAAGCACCCCUCCCCGUCGUGAUAUACAAUUUCCCCGGUGUCUGCAACGGCGUGGACAUUGACUCCGAGACGAUCACAGAUAUCGUGCGCGAGUCCGCGAGCUCCAGCCCCAAUGGCGUCUCGAACGUCGUUGGCGUGAAGCUGACUUGCGCGUCCGUUGGAAAGAUCACUCGUCUCUCGGCGACUUUUUCGCCGGCUGAAUUCGCGGUGUACGGUGGGCAAUCGGAUUUCCUGAUCGGCGGGCUGAGUGUCGGCUCCGCGGGGUGUAUCGCGGCUUUUGCGAAUGUGUUCCCGCGCACGGCCUCGAAGAUUUAUGAAUUAUAUGUGUCUGGGAAGGUGACUGAGGCGAUCGAGUUGCAGAAGCAGGCUGCGCUGGCGGAGAGCCCGUGCAAGAGUGGUAUUGCGUCGACCAAGUACGCGACAGCAAUCUAUACUGCAAAGUUGGCAGGCAUUGACGGAGCGGAGGAGAAGCUGAAGCCUCGGACACCAUAUGAGGAGCCUGCGGAGGGCGCAAAGAAGGUUGUGCGGAGUCUGAUGGACGGCAUGGCGAAGGUUGAGGUGACUCUUUAG